AUGGCGUACCAGGAAGGGGAGUCGCUUGAAUCCUGGCUCAAUAAAGCCACCCAUUCAACAAACAGACAAGAGGACUGGGAAUACAUCAUUGGGUUUUGUGAUCAAGUCAACAAGGAACUAGAAGGCCCCCAGAUUGCAAUACCACUGCUGGUCCAUAAAAUCCAGUCCCCGCAAGAAUGGGAAGCUCUUCAGGCGCUGACUGUAUUAGAGGCAUGCAUGAAGAACUGCGGGAGGCGGUUUCAUAAUGAAGUUGGCAAAUACAGAUUUUUAAAUGAGCUGAUUAAAGUUGUGUCUCCGAAGUACAUGGGGGACAGCGCUCCAGAGAAGGUGAAGACAAAGAUCGUAGAAAUGCUGUACAGUUGGACAGUCGCUUUCCCCAAUGAGGCCAAAAUAAAUGAAGCCUACCAGACAUUGAGAAGACAAGGGCUGGUGACGCAAGAUCCAGAGCUACCACUGGACAAGACAUUGAUUCCCUCUCCCCCCACGCGGCCCAAACACCCAGUGUUCGACAACGAGGACAUGGGAAAGCUUCUCGCUGAGCUUCUCCGCAGCAAAAACCCUGAAGACCUCCAGGAAGCUAACAGGUUGAUCAAAAAUAUGGUGAAAGAGGACGAGGUGCGAGUGCAAAAAGUGUCCAAGCGCAACAACACGCUGGAGGAAGUGAACAUCAACGUCAAGCUCUUGUCUGAGAUGCUCUCCCACUACGAUAAAGACUCCUCUUCAGAAUCCGACAAGGAGAUUAUGAAGGAACUGUACGAGCGCUGUGAUAAACUAAGGCGGGCUGCUUUCAAAAUGGCCACUGAGGCUGAGGAAAACGACACCAGUUUAGGCGACAUCCUGCAGGCUAGCGACGACCUCUCCAGAGUCAUCAACUCGUACAAGUCCAUAGUGGAGGGUUUGCCGAUCAACGGAGACAAUUUGCCCGAAGCGACAGACACGUUGAUCGAUCUUGCGGCCGUGGACCCAAACCCUCCCCAGCCAGCCGCCCCCAUCCCGCUGUCUGGCGACCUGUCUGACAUCUUGGUAGGGCCGUGCUUCCCCGCCUUGCUCCCGCCUCUCAACAGACCACUGGCCGGUCAGUCGCCGGCCGACAAGGCUUCAGACGCGCUUUCGCUUCUUGACAACGAGCUGCUGUCUUUAGGACUAAAUGAUGACUCCACAUUCCUCAGCGACCAAUCCAAACCAAAGCUGAAUGAAGCAUCCAAUCAGUGGAGUUCUUUGCAGGCCCCUGGAUUGAGUACAGAUUUGUUGGGAAGUGCCGCAAGUCCAGGUACACUUUUGCCCUCAGCGGAAGUGCCCGUGACCUCACUCCAAAAUCUACAAGACUUAGCUAUGAUGAGUUUCUCGGAUCAUAAGAGUCCAGUGACGGUGGGAAGCAGUUUUGCGGCGAUGUCGAGCUCCACUUCUGCAGCCUCCGUUUUGCCCGGCUCUCCUGCCUUGACGCAAGCCAAGACACAAAACCUGGCCUCGGUCCCGGGUAGUCCGCUGUUCCGCUCCCUUUCCCCAGCCCACCCUAGCCUCCAGGCCCCACAGAUGUCCCUAAGCAACGUCCACGUUCCCCUGGAGGCCAUCAGACCCAGUAAAGUGCUACCGGUCACUGCCUAUGACAAGGACGGCGUUCGGGUUUUGCUCAACUUUGCUUCCGAAUCUCCACCCGGCAGACCCGACGUAUUGGUCAUGGUUGUGUCCAUGCUGAAUACGGCGCCACUCCCUGUUCACGGGGUAGUACUGCAAGCUGCUGUACCAAAGUCAAUGAAAGUCAAGCUGCAGCCUCCCUCUGGUACUGAACUGGCCGCGUUUAACCCCAUCCUGCCCCCGGCUUCCAUCACACAAAUCAUGCUGCUGGCCAAUCCGGCAAAGGAAAAAGUGCGGCUGCGCUACAAGCUGGCGUUCACGCUUGGGGAUGUUCUGCGUAACGAGGUGGGGGAAGUGGACCAGUUCCCCCUGCCAGAGGCCUGGGGACGUCUAUAG